UCGUCAACCAUUUCCAAAUUCCAAAUGAGGCGAAGAAAACAUAUCAAUGGGUCGUCGCUUGGGUAACAACGGAGCCCUUUCUUGGUCGCGCUCUCUUCACAAAAGUCUUGCACGCUCAGAAAACGUUUUACUUUCUCACUCUUCACAUCGCAUAGAGACGACAACCGCUCUCCUCAUCAGGUGUUAAGAGCUUCUAAAAGGCACGAUGGCAAACUCACUAGCAAGCAAGAAUGUUGGCUUAUUAAGGUUAGUGGAGGAGAGAUCAUUGACCAAGAAAAUAGAGGAAGAGAAAAAACAUAAGCGAGAAAAACAAGUUCCUUAUCUCCAUAAAGAUUGUAUCUCAAAUAUCCUUGUGCGACUUCCUCUUGACUCUCUUCAAAGGUCAAGGUUCGUUUGCAAACCUUGGUAUAACAUAAUUAAAAACCCCAAAUUCAUUGAUGCUCAUCUCCAUCGCUCUGAAUCUGUUUUGAUCUUUCUAUCACCAUUUCCAAAUGAAAGUCUAUACCCUUUUUCUGUGGCUUCUGUACCAAAAGAGUUGCCAAACACUGUUUCAGUUGAAUUAAAUCUUCUUCAGCCAAAGCCUAUCCCCAUUUUCAACCACACAACCAUAAACGCUCCAAGGUUUUCUGUCCAGUUUCUGGAAUUUAAAAAUGAUAAGAGCAAGAUAGGAGAGUACAGUUUAAGCUGCUCUGGCAAUAUUAGAGCCACCUGUAACGGUCUAAUUCUGCUUGAUAACAAAUUGAAGAACGGAGGACUAGUAGUCAUGAAUCCUGUGACUAGGAAGCUGAUUGCACUUCCGCUGGGUACUUUAUCUCGUCCACAUGAUGAGUCCUAUGGUUUUGCACUGAUUGAUUCUACUGGUGAAUAUAAAGUAGUCCACUUGUUUCGGGAUGAGUUGAGGUAUGUCAGCUGUGAGAUUUUGAGUCUUCGGACAAAAGCAUGGAGAGAAGUCAAUGGUCCUUCGUUUGGGUUCUUUAAUAGGUUUGUAGAUGGACCUAUUUCAGCAAUUGGAGGUCUGCACUGGAUUCCUCAAGUUGACCGUAGCGAAUACAUAGUGUCUAUUGAAGUUGAUAAGGAGAAGUUUCACCAAAUUCCACUCCCAAGAAGUAGCAGAACUCAUGAUAGGAUUGUUGACAUGGGUGGCGUUUUGUGUCUUGUCGUUCAUGAGGACGUGAACCAUAUUGACAUUUGGAUCUUGAAGGGUUUCUAUGGAGAAGUCUGGACGAAGUAUCACAGUAUCACCGUGGGUUCCAUAAUAGACAUGGUUCCCCUUUUUAGUUUAAGAAUCAAGGGUGACAUUAUUUUCAAGCGAGACGAAGAUGGUUCCUUUUAUGUUUAUGACUUCCAGCAUCAAGAGAUGAGAAAGGUUGAGAUGGUAGAAGGAUGUAUACCGAAGUCUUCUGCAACAUACCUGCCUCAUGUCAACAGCCUUGUUUCAUGGAUGGAAGUGAAUCUGGACAUGUGUGACUGAUUUUCAGCAAUGGAACGGAUAAAAUAUAACUCUCAGUCGAAGCUUGAAUGUGUUUUAUAUAUACCGUUUGGUUACCAGUGUUGCUAUAUAAGUUAUGUAUAUAUCUUUGUUUGUAUGUCUUUUCGUCCCAAUUCUUUUGGGCAUAGAUGAUAAAGUAGUACAUGUCUUAGAAAGACCGAGGCAUAUUAUUGCACCAAGGAAUGAGAUUCAUUUAUGCUUUUGGUUUA